UUAUUGUCGGCUUCUUUGAACGCGCGUAAGCUGACGUCUCUUUUGAAAAUCUAUUUGUAAAAGUGAACUAUUGUCAAAUUUUGUAAAAUAAAUACCAGGACAUAAGGACAAAUGCAACAUCAGAAUGUCAACAUCAUCGAUAUCCUCCAAAUUGACCCUCUCGCUGGGCGAGCAGCAGCUGGCUAAAUUGACUAAUGAGUCGGCAGAAAUACGAAUGCGUGCAUUGGAGCAAAUUGAAACGCGUUUCAUACGUUGUCUGCAGCACGACGAGGCAAUUAACUUUAAGCCCGUGCUGCUGCUCAAGCAACUAAUACGCUGGUUUGGCCACACACCGCUAGCUGCUCCGGAUCGCGUGCUAGCUCUAAUGCUCGAGUUGUUGCGAUCGGAUUACUGCGAGACUGUGGUCAACAAGAUUCCUUGCCAGCGCCUGGAAGCCGAGCUGAAUAAGAUACGAAAGAUACUCAAAAAUGUGGAGUCAAAACGUGUUAUGGAACUGCUGGACAAUAUACAGAGCCUGGUGCCAUACCUCUACAAGGAGUUUAAUAUCUCUCCCAUUAACAGUAACCCUAAUGGGAAUAGCAACAAUAGUUCCGGCGAAUCCCGUGAGAGCGUCGGCGACAUGGAGUUGUUUGCCUUGGACAACUUUAAUAUUGGCCCAGAAGACUUUGAAACGGCCUGGUCGUGCGCUAGCCCAGACGAUGUGGCCACGAUGAAGACCCUUAAUGACACUUUGACAAUUGGCAACGACGUACAGCUGCAGGAGAAUUUGACGACCAUUCAAAUCAAAUUAUGCGACUAUCCAGCCGAACAACUAUUUCAGGAUCCGUAUAUAUUCCUUCAAUUGCUGCACGUCCAGCAGUUGCAGGCGGACGUAACGCUGUUGCACGCCAACCGGGCGCUGUUGACCUUCAUCAAGCUGCUGCAGCAUCGUCUGCGCGUGCGCAAGGAAUCGAAUGACACUGGCUUUAGUGCCAUGACCCACGCCACGUUGCCUCAGCAAUUGCGCGUUUCGAGCGUAUUGAGCUUGCUGCUGAAUGGCUGCUUGGAACUGCUUGGACCACCGUUGCUGGAGCAUUGCGCUCACAAUUGGCAUCUGAUCGAGCUGAGUUUUGAGACGAUCAGAACCUAUGAUCAGCUGGGUGCAACGAUACCGGAAAGUAUUGUGCAACGACUGGGACUGAUUGUGCCCAAGCUGAUACGCUACUGCAUCAGCUUCGAUGUGAGCCACGCCAGCGAGAUACCGAGCUUGGUGAAAAAGCUGAUGAUCCCCCGGCUGGAGUCGGUGAUCUUCAAUGGACUGCUCUUGGAUGUUCUUGCAUUGAGCUUGAAGACCAGUGAGGGCAUUGCCAAGACGACCGCCCGGUCGUUGCUGCAGCCACUAAUUCUGGACAUUUCAUACCUGUCCUGCCUGCCCGAGCGCAUGAAGGCGUUAUGCGACAUCUGCGGCAUAGUUGCCCCCGAGACGGCGGCCGAAGAGCAGAAUAUGGUGCGCAUCAAACAGGCCCUCGGCAUGGGCCUGGCCCAGUUGGUCGAUGAGAAAAAACUGACGGCCAUAGAGUUGCUGCAGAAUCAGAGCCAAAUAUGCCUGGUGCUGCUGAUUCUGGGCAGCGACUCCCUGAUGACGGCACUAAUCAAGGCGAUUGUCAAAUGUACCAGCUUCUACAUAGCCAAGCCCGAGCUGCGGAAGGAGGCAGAGUCGCUGCUGUAUACCCUGUUCGAUCUGCCCAACGAAGAGUUGCGCAACUCGGCCUUGCGCCAGCUGAAGCAGCCCGUUGUCGAUCACUUUCACGCCUUCAUGAACGGCACCAACUACAUGGCCGGCUGCAACAACCUUGAGCUGGCCCGAAACCACAUUCUCGGCCUGCCCAUGAGCUCGCAGCUGUUGCGCAGGCUGUUCGUGCUGGGCUGGCGGCCCGAGCCGUCGGUCCAGGUGCAGCAAUGGGUCGUCGACUACAUGAUAAUGAUGGUGGGGCUGGCCAAGCUGGUGCCCUCCAAGGACUUUAUUAAAAUAUUUAAGAUUGUGAUGCCCGUCAUUCCGCUUAUCGUGUGUCGCGCCAUCGACCAGCCGCAGCUGCAGCACAUGCUCUGGGAGCUAUUCGAUCCGGAUAACGAAUUUUUGGAGCCGCCGCAGUCAUUGCGCGGCAAUGUCUGUUACCUGUAUCAUCCGGAUGCAAAGUAUCGCAAGGACGCCAUCGGUCGGAUUGGCUAUGUGCUGGUCUGGCAGGAUCAUCAGCACAAGUACCGCCCGGCCAUGGACAAGCUGUGCCUCGAGCUGAUUGGCCACGACAUCUGUCUCAUUAAGCCGCCGGUCAACUACUACAACAUCUUCAGCGAACGCUCGCAAUUGCCCUUUCAGCGCAGCAUGGGGACAUUGUUGCGUCUGCUGGAGACACAAGAUCUGAAGCCGAGCAUUCGCAAGUCCACACUGAUUCAGUUGAACGUGCUGAUGCACAGCUGGGAGGCUGUACACUAUUUCACCACCUGCGACAGCGCCUUUGUGCUCUGCCUGAGGGCGCUCCACGAUCCGCUUGUGCGCGAGGCCGCCGGGGGCAAUGACGAGGUUGAGACACUGCUGCCGGCGGUUAGCAUCAUACUGCGAGUGAUAUUUCGCAGCGAGCGAUUCCGGCAGGAGUUCAAGCACAACGCCGAGAUGAUCGUCUGUCUGCUGCGCUGCCUCUUUUUGAUGCCGCACGAGAUGCAGCUUCGGGCCGACGUGAGCAUAUGCAUCUUCACGCUGCUCUUCCAUGAGCACGUGAGGCCAAAAGAGAAUUGCCUCAAGCUGGACGUGGAUCUCUCGGCCAUGGUGGUGCCGGUUACCUACGAAGUGGACCACAUCGCACCGCUGACAGACGCCACCGAGGGACUGGAGCUGCAGAAGUCCCUCUACGAGAAGCACUUUGAGAGCAAUGCGGCCAUCGAGUCUCAGCACUGGCGCCUCUAUGUGGCGAACAGGGUCUGCGGCUCGCCGAAGAGCCUGUCGCUGUCUGUCGUCGGUGCAAUGGACAUCAGGGAUGCGCUGAAGCUGAAGCCAGCCGACGUGGCUCUCGUGCAAGCUACGCUCGUGCACGUCCAACUGGAGAAGCAACUGAUCGCUGCCAAGAACUGCAGCAGCCACGAGACUCUGCAGCAGCUGGUUGCCAGCGUGCAGCUGUUUCUAGUGCUGCUGCGCGACGAGGUGGAGCCGGCCCAGUGCACUGCCCUGUGGAAGCUGAUGCACCGUUAUGUGCGGCUCACUCCCGGCAACAAUGCCGAUCUGCUGCUGUACAUUGCGCUCUUGGAGCUAUGCCAGAACUGUUUGCGUCACCGACUGCCCGAGGUGGUGAACGGCCUCAAGAAUGCCCUCGAAACCGAUCCGCAUCAUAGUUUCCGGGAGAUCCUGCGCGAUGACAAUGUCUCAUUGAAUCUGCUGAGUCUGGUCACCGAGUGCCUGGUGCAGCUAUUGAGGUACCAGCACAUCCAGCCCACCGUCACCUGGCCCAGCCAACUCUUCGAUGAGCUGAGCACUCGGGCGCGCUCCCUCUUCGAGCAGCGCAAGCUGCAGCAUGUGCGCUGCGUGUUGGCCGUGCUGCGAGAGCUCAGCGAACAGCCGCUGCAGUUGGACAGCUCCAAGAUAGAGGCCUACUAUCAGCACUAUGUGCAGCUGUCGAGCAACCUGCGCACCUCCACGCAAACCGGCGCCCAGUGGCAGCGCGACUGUCUGUUCAUCGUCUGCCGGAUGCACGUCAUGGGCAAGCAACUGGGCUCGCCGUGCUCCAAGGUGCAGGGCGAAAACAAGGUGCUGCGCUAUCUGCUGGGCCUGUGCGGCCACUCGGACACGGAGGUGCGCUCGCUCGCCUGGGUGGCAAUGGCCAACUGGAUCCAAAAUGCCGGCAGCAACAUGACCAAAGUUUUGCUCGAUUUCCAUGACUUUCUGCCAGGUGGAAUGGCUGCGUGCUGCCUCAGCACGAUGCUCGAUGAUCACGAGGCGUUGCUGGUGCGCGAGCUGGCGGGACGCGUGUUCGAAAUGCUGAUACGCAAUAUUGGAGCAGCAGCAUGCAACGAGCUGUUCAACUAUCACUCGUACCUGAAGCACGCCCACGCAGCGAUUAUGUGGAUGCAGCUGCCGCCAGAGAAGCAGCAAGAAUCCGGACUGAACUCGUCGUUCGAUCUGAUUAGCUGCUACGUCAGCAUCUGUGCUAGAUUGAUCCAGCUGGAGCCCGGCUGGUCUGCCGUGCUCUGCAACCAUGCCUUCUUCAAUGCACUGAGCGACGUCCUGAAGAUGCCCACGCCCGCCCAGCCCCUGCUCAGCGCCUACAUGGAGCUGUGCGCUGGCCACAUCUGCAAGCUGUACGCGAUGUGCUACCAGCGGAACUUUGAUUGUCUGCAGCGCGGCAUCUGCCGCGAUCCGGUGUUACUGAAGAGCUUCAUCUCGCUGAUUAACACCGUGCUCGAUCCGCAGAUGGUGAAUGAGAAGCACAUCGAAGAAAUUCUGAAGCUCCUGAUGGUGUUCUGCAAGGAUGCGAAUGCCUAUGGCUUUCUCUGCGAAAAGUUCAGGGAACAUCCCGAGCUGCUGUUCGACCUGCUGCUGUAUGGCCUGAAUGCGAUCUAUCUGGACACCGAUAUCCAGAAGUACACGUUGUCGGCGAUCUCGCUGCUGCUGAUAAAGGCACAAGACGCGCCCGAGGAGCUCAACUUGCUGCUCGUGUUCGAGGCGUAUGUGGAGGACACGCGCACCGAUGGCGACGACAAGAGGAAGGAGAAGCCCAACGACAGCGAUGACAAGGAGAACAGUACAAAUGAUUUGAACAAGCAACUGAAGGCGAUGAGCUUGAAGCACACGUCCAAGAAGAAGAGCCUCGGAGGCAAAGGUAGCAAAUCGGCGGCCAAGGCGAAGGAGGCGACAAAUGCCGCCGUUUUGCUCUAUCACGGCCUGGACCAGCUGUUCGAGCACCUCUUUCCGUCGAAGACAUACAGCUUUCUGGUAGCUCCCAAGCCGCUGCAUGUUCAGGUGUGCGAAGUGCUUGGCAAUUUGCUAAAGCAAUCCGUUUGGGCCGUGGACGCUGCGCGCCAGUUCAAGCUGCUGGAGCGCGUACUGCAUCUGCUGGAGGCGUUCCUCGAUGACAGCAAUAUUGGCAAUGCCACCGUCUAUGUGCGGCGCGUCGGUGCCCACAAGUCGCGCGACAUCAUCAACAAUCUACUGGUGCUUCUCAACCUGCUGAUGCACUGGCAAAACUCGCCGCAUACCAUCAUUACGGAUCCCGUGACGGCCGCCCGCAUCGUCCGCAUGAUCGUUCGCUUGUGGCCCUGGCUGUCGCAUUCGGCCGUGCUGAAGCACAUGACAGUGCGCCUGACCACGCUGCUCACCGAGCACUCGUUCGAGAUGUGCAAACAGACGUCGCAGGUGCUGUCGGGCCAAUCGCACUCGCUGCUCCAGCUGAUGGUGCGCGUGGCGGACCAUGAGUCGACCAAGAAGGAGGGGCCCAGCGCCAGUGCCAAGCCGGAGUUGGCCAAAUGCGGCUCAGACUCAAUCAUCGAGGCCUCACUGCGCGUCAUGAUCAACUGCUGCUCGUGCGCCGAGGGGCGUCUGAGUCUGGGCAAGAUGCGUGUGCUGGACAUGUUCGAUACGAUCAUGCCGGCUACUGGCAGCAAUCCGAUCAAGGUCAAGCCGGAAGCCCUAGUCAACUGGAUAGCGUUUUGGGAGGUGUUCUCCCGGUACGAGCUCGGCUACAAGGUCUGCCACCUCCAGGGCCUGCUCCAUCUGGUGCGUCGCUCGCCCCCGCUGAGCAUCCUGCGCCUGCGCUGCCUCCGCAUCGUGCGCAACAUGUGCUUCAGCAACCACAAUCGCAUGCUGCUGGUCAACAUGACGGGCUUCACGGACUUUCUGCGCGACAUUGUCUCGCAGCCGGUGCAGGACGGCGGCGGUGGCGGCGACACCAGCAUCAACUCCUACGUGGAGCACCACCUGGUGGUCCUCUGCCUGUGGAAGCUGUUCGGCUUCAGCGCCAAGUGUCGCGCCAUGCUGCGCGGCACCAAACUAUUCAAGCAAUUGACCAUACUCUCGGAUCAUCUGGCCUCUCUCCAAGCGGACCGUCCGGAGCAAUUCGAGGCGGUGCCCUUCGCUGUCGAACUGAAGGAUCUGCUGGGCAAGCUCUUUGAUUCGCUGCAGGCAUAACUAACCAAACAUAACUCUACUUAAACCAAACAUUUGCAUUUGCAUGUUAUGAAUUUGCACUUAGUUUUUAGCAACUUUCAACUUUCACUUGACCAAUUUCCAUUUAUAUUAUUGCUUAAUUGCCAACCGAACUGAAUAUGCAAAUAAAUAUAUGAAUUACAAUACUCGUUCAAUACUAA